CCCAGCUGCGUUGAACAUAAGAUGAGGGUGAGAGAAUCCGAAAGACAGGUGGAACUGCAAAAGUUGCCAGCUGGCCAGUCAGUCCGCAUCAAGACAUCAUCGGACUCUUAGAGGGUUCAUAUAAACUCUGAGGAAGAAAGAGCAUGAUGAAGAGAAUGAUGAAAGGAUGAGAUGCAAGCAUCAAGUGGGGAUGAUCAGGAAUGGGGAGAAGAGAGCCAGAUGUCAUUAUUUCAGAAGAACAUUCUGGGAGGUUUUCGGUGUCACCCAAAAACACACUUUUGAAGCUUCCGGAGUGUCUUUUGGGCUCAGUUUGAUAUCAAGACCAGACUGGGAUUACCGCACAAGGUCUGUUUUCAGGAGCUGGAGAUCGUACACGCUGCUGUUUUAUGCACGUGGCAGGGGUUGAUGGGUAGGAUGAGGAGCAUCACACUGCUCUGGGUGCUGUUUUCAAGUUGGACAUCCAAACACAAGCUCAGAUGAGGAUAUCACCUGAAACGGUUCAACAGUGGGCUGAUGCCUUUGGAAAACAGCUUUUGGCCUUGUCAAACAGAUACUCAGGCGCUCAACUCUUACAGAAGAAAUAUAAAGAUGUGGAGCCCAUAGUCAAGAUGCGGGAAGUGGAUGGUUUAAAGAUGGUGAAGGAAUUUGCUGAAGAAAUGGAGAACAUGCUGGGCAGAAAGAUGAAAUCAGUCAAGAGAAUGGCAGAGACAGUAGAGGAUGCAGAUUUUUAUCAUGAAUAUAAUGCAACAUUAGAGUUUGACUACUGCAAUUCCAUGAUGAUUAACACAUUGGAUGAGGAUGGGAGCUAUGUGGCUCUGGGGGGAGAAUUUCCUCUGGAGGAGAAUGAACACUUCAACAAACUGCCUGUCAGUACCCAGCAAAGCGUCAUACAAGUGCCCACCAAUGUCUAUAACAAAGAUCCUGAUAUUCUGAACGGGGUGUUUAUGUCAGAAGCGCUGAAUGACAUAUUUACCAGUAACUUUGAGAAAGACCCGACUCUAACCUGGCAGUACUUCGGCAGUUCAACAGGAUUUUUCAGACUUUACCCUGGUAUCAAGUGGACACCUGAUGAAAAUGGAGUUGUCACUUUUGAUGCCAGGAAUCGCAACUGGUACAUCCAGGCAGCCACAUCCCCCAAAGAUAUUAUCAUCGCUGUGGACAUUAGCGGUAGUAUGAAGGGUUUGAGGCUCACCAUUGCUAAACACACCAUCAACACCAUUCUAGACACACUUGGCGAAAAUGACUUUGUCAACGUCAUUGCGUACAGUGAUUACGUCCGGUAUGUAGAGCCUUUUAAAGGCACACUAGUACAGGCCGACCUGGAUAACCGUGAGCACUUCAAACUUUUGGUGGAGGAGUUGCAAGUGAAAGGUGAAGGAAAGGUGAAGAAAGCCAUAAAAGAGUCCUUCAAGAUUCUCAACGAGGCAGCAGCAGAAGGCAGGGGGAGUUUAUGUAACCAGGCAAUCAUGUUGAUCACUGAUGGAGCCAUGGAAGAUUUCCAGCAGGUGUUUGAAGAGUUCAACUGGCCAGAACGCAAGGUGCGCGUGUUCACAUAUCUGAUUGGACGAGAGUUAACAUUUGCUGACAAUGUCAAAUGGAUUGCUUGCAACAAUAAAGGUUACUACACUCAUAUCUCUACUCUGGCGAAUGUACAGGAGAAUGUGAUGGAAUAUCUUCAUGUGCUGAGCAGGCCAAUGGUCAUCAACCAUGAUCAUGACAUCAUUUGGACAGAGGCUUACAUGGACAGUGUGCUACCCAAUACAGCAGAGCUUUUUAACACACAGGCUGAGAGUUUGCUGUUGAUGACCUCUGUGGCCAUGCCUGUGUUCAGCAAGAAAGAAGAAACAUUGUCUCAUGGGAUCCUCCUUGGUGUGGUUGGCACGGAUGUCCCUUUGAAAGAGCUCAUGAGAUUGGCUCCUCGAUACAAGCUGGGAGUUCAUGGCUAUGCAUUCUUAAGCACUAAUAAUGGCUAUAUACUCUCUCAUCCUGACCUUCGACCUCUGUAUAAAGAUGGUAAGAAGCUGAAGCCAAAGCCGAACUAUAACAGUGUGGAUCUGUCAGAGGUGGAGUGGGAAGAUACAGAAGAUGCAUUGAGAACAGCGAUGGUAAAAGGGAAAAGUGGGACAAUCUCUCUGGAUGUCAGAACAACAGUAGAGAAAGGAAAAAGAGUUGUUUUCCUGAAAAAUGAAUAUUUUUACACUACCAUUAAUGAAACUCCAUUCAGUCUUGGAAUUGUACUUACCAAAGGUUAUGGGAAGAAUGUUUUCAUCGGAAAUGUUUCAGUUGAAGAAGGCCUACAUGACCUGACUGCUUCUGAUGUCACUAUUGCUAAUGAAUGGACAUACUGUGAGACUGACAUCGAUCCACAUCACCGCAAACUGACACAGUUUCAGGCUGUGGUUCAGUACCUAACUGGAAAAGAACCAAACCUGGAAUGUGAUGAAAGACUUCUGCAGCAGACUCUGUUUGACGCAGUGGUCACAGCUCCUAUGGAAGCCUACUGGACCGCACUGAUGCUCAAUGCCUCCGGUAUUGAUGGGGGUGUGGAGACGGCGUUCCUGGGCACACGCUCUGGCCUCAUGAGAAUGAUCAGAUAUGUCGGCGCAGAGAAACGUGUGGCGAAAAAAUUCUUAUCUCCAUCGGAUAAGGAGAAUAUUUUUACUCUGGACCAUUUCCCUGUUUGGUAUCGUCGUGCGGCAGAGAAUCCAUCUGGACGAUUUUUGUACUAUGUCCCUAUAGAGGACAGCACACAAGUGGAUGGCAGGUUUGUGAUUGCUGUCACGUCUGUUACAGUCUCUGUGAACAAAAAGACAGCAGUUGCUGGAGCCAUUGGUGUACAGAUGACUCUUGAGAUGUUGGAAAAAAGGUUUUGGUCCAUAGCCACACAGGCGAAUGACACAGAUUGUUCAGGUGUAGAUGGGCUUUGUCCUCUAAGCUGUGCCGAUAAUCCGGAUGUUAACUGCUACGUCAUUGACAAUAAUGGCUUCAUCAUCAUCUCUAAGGACAGGACUGAUGUUGGCAGGUUUCUGGGGAAAACUGAUGGGUCGGUGAUGUCACAGCUCUUGAAAAUGGGCAUGUUCAAAAGAGUGUUACUCUAUGACUAUCAGGCCAUGUGUAAGGUGAAUCCUCACUACGCUAGCGGCGCUCGACCCCUGCUAAGUCCCUUUUAUAAUCUUUUGGCAGCACUGAGAUGGUUCCUGUCGAACUUCCUGUUGUUUUUACUGGACUUCAACAUCUACAGUCUGUGGCACUCAGAUCCCUUUGCGGAGGCCAAGACCUUAUUCCAUGCAUCUAGUAAGAAGUCAAAAGGGGACAUCCUGCAGCCCUGUGACACUGAGUAUCCCAGCUUCGUCUAUGAGCCGUCAAUCAAAGAAACCAACAGCAUGAUCAAGUGUGGGAGAUGUCAAAAGAUGUUUGUAAUUAAUCAGAUUCCUGAUAGUAACUUGCUGUUGGUGGUGAUUCAGGCAGACUGUGACUGUUCUCGGCAGUACGCACCCAUCACCAUGGAGCCCAAAGAGGUCAAAUACAAUGCCUCAGUGAAAUGUGACCGCAUGAGAUCUCAGAAGAUACGAAGAAGGCCCGAGUCUUGUCACGCUUACCACCCUCAAGAAAAUGCUAAGGACUGCGGUGGGGCCGCGGCAAUCAGCUUGUCCAUCAUGCUGUUCCUAGCCUGUUUAUCAGUCUCUGCGCUCAUCCGCCGAUGACAGAGGACCUGUUAAACUCACCUAUAAUGCACACGCUCAACUCAGCAUGUUUUUAUUAGCAAUAAUAUGAGUUGACUAGACUAGAACACAUUUUUUUUCUACAGUGCAAAGUCUUCAACAUUAAUUAUAUGUAGCAUUACUCAUUACAUUUUAAAGUUUGUGGAUUUUUUUUAACAGUUCUGGGCUUUGUCUCUUUGGUGUCUGAACCAUCAGCAAAAACAUCUUUGAAAAAUCAGUGUCAUCAGUGAGGAUGGAUCGAAAUGAGACCUAGACAAGGAUGAACAGCAGCUGAGCUUCACUGAACUGUGACAUUACAGAGGAGAAUUUAUGGCCGGUAGCUGUAUGUGACUGUAUCUCUAAUAUAAGGCAGAAGGAAAUUGCACAGUCUGUUGGUGUGGGUGUGUGUGUGUAAAUGAGAGAGUGAAAACCAGGAACAGUUAGCAUGGCUUUUCACAGCUUUCUCUUGACACCGGAGGUGAUCUAUGGACUAAACAAUGACCAUUAUGACAUGAAAACGAGGUUGUUACGGGAAUUUGAAGAUGUCUUGUAUUUAAACCUUUGAUUUUAGUUGUCUGUCCUGCAACUUGCACAAAAACUAUUUUUUAACAAUUAUUAUAACUAUGCAUUAUUAAUACAAUAGAUUAUACAUCUCUGUCAGAAUAAAUUACAAAUAUGUGUCAUGUUUACUUUCUUACAUUAAAUAUCUUGUAAUUUGUGUUUUUGCUCAGGUAUUAUUAUAUGUGGUUAUCUUUUCAAAUGCUAAUGAUAAUGACACUGAAUAUUGCAUUACAGGAAUCCCAUGUGUCUUACUGUACACCUAAAACUUAAUUUUAAAAUGCUUUUGAGUUAAAAGGAGAACAUCAGUGAUCUAUGCUGAAAUAAAGAAAGA